ACAACACAUUUAACUAGGUCAGCUAGAGAUUUUGAAGUAUUCCCCCCCCUACACACACACACACACACACACACACACACACACAACCAAAACUGUAUGCUUGCUUAGUGUUAAACCAUGAUUCAUCUCUCUGUGUGUGUGCGUGUGUGUGUGCAGUUUAGGAUUUGGGGAAUCUGGACCCAUUUAGUUACUGUCUGGUGAAGUAUAUUUUUGUGUAAAGGCAGAAAACGGAUUUAGUAAUUAGGUGAAUUGGGUUAUGUGAAUGCUAAAGAAUGAGAAAUGUUGUUAAGAAUUUGGCCUUUCCCAGAGGACUAUCCAUCACAAAUUGGGAGAGAAUAUACAAAGAUCGUCUGUGCUGAAUCCUGGAACUUUGUGGUUUUUUUUAAAUAUUAUGAUGAAAUCCUUUAUGUGCAAUUUUACUGGGAUGAAAAAAUCAGGAAUAAGGGGCCAUGAAGGUCAAUUGUACACCUUACACCAGGGGUCUUCAAACUUGGACCUUUGAUGACUUGUGGACCUCAACUCCCAGAAUUCCUCAGCCAGCGUUCCAGCAUUGAGGUCCACAUGUCCACAAGGGCCAAGUUUGAAGACCCUCUACCUUAUACAGAGUAAAUCUCUUCUAAAGUUUGACCCUUGCCUCACCGUGAUUAAAAACACCUCUAACCAGCAAAAAUAAAUAAUAAAUAAAUAUUGGCAGGGGAGGGAAAGAGGAGGGGGAGAAAAAAGCUCCAGAGUGUCUGAACCUUCCUUUUUUUUUCCUUCUUAACAAAACAUCACAGGACUAGGAGGUUAAGUUAGGUGGAAUGUUUAAAUUGCCACUUCUUUCACAGCUCGGCUGUGUCACCCAACAUUCCUGCCAGCGGACACGCUGUAAGUGUGCAAUGUUUGGGGGGAAAGCCAAAAGGCAAGUGUGACAGCCAAAUGUGGCUUUCUAACAAGUCUCCCCCCCCCCAACACACACACACAAACACAAUCACUUUUUUUUCCCAAGUCCAGUUGCACUUUUUUCCUCCAAGUCCAGCAGAGGGGGGGGGGGUGUCACAGGGAGACUUAAACUAUAAUAUGCAAUGAACAGCUAAUGGGCUUCAGCUAAAAUGGGUUUUGAGGUUUGCUGGGGACGUUCUGCCCCUUCCUUCCCCUGGACCUUGGGUGCACCAACCAUCAUCUGGUUCAUUUGCCGAUUUCUCACGUGUCGUGUGAACGCAGCGCCCCUGCCUUUGAUUCAUGCAAGCUGAGUCCUUUCGCGAGUUGUUGACCAACCCCCGGCAGAAACCAGCCUUGCUCGCGUGUGCAGGUUGCGCGGGAAGAGGGGGGGGGGAGCGCGCGGUUGCUCAUCCCCGACGGACGCGUCGCCCCGGCAACAGAACGUUGUGCUGGCCGUCUCCCUGGCAACCGGCAGGGGAGCUCCCGGGAUCGCUUUGUCCUGCAAGCUGUUGCUUCGCUGGCCCCUCGGGGUUGCUCCGGUGUGGCUGGUGGGGAGGGGCGAAAGGGACCGAUGGCUUCGGAUUUAGAGGAGAGGGUCCGCGCCGCCGUCAGGGACAAGCUGCUGCUGAUGAAAAUCCCAGAGAGAGAAAACGACUUUUUGCCCUCAUCUUGCUGCCUGUUAGAGAAGCAAAGAGAACUGGCCGAAGUGGAGAAAUCUUUCUUAGCCACCAAAGAGGAGUUCCAGAAGAAGACGGAACACUUGCAGCAGCGACGGCAAGAGCUGGAACACAAAGAGGGUCAACUCAAACAGGCCAUUCUGAAGUUCGACAAGUUCUUGAAGGAGAACGACGCCAAACGGAACCGAGCAAUGCGGAAAGCUGAGCAGGAGAAGCAGCAGGUGGCUGAGAAGGAGGUGGAAGCAGAACACCUCAAGCAGGAACUGGCCCGGUUGAUGACAGCAAAGACAAAACUUCAACAACGCCUGGCAGCUCAUAAGCCUUUCUCCGAGUAUCUGCAGAAAGUCUUGGGGAAGACGGAGCAGUUUCAGGAAAUCUCGGAGUUGAUCGGUCGCUUCCAGACUCUGAUGGCCACCCAGGCCAGUUUGGUCCAGAGAGAACAAGUUGCCCGUGAAGCUGUGGAGGAGGAGCGCAGGUGCCUGCAGCAGUACAUGGAUGAAAGCAGCAACAGGAUUUUACAGCAAAACAAUCUGGUGGCUCAGCUCCAAGGCCAGCUGGAGCAAAGCCAGGCCAAGUUCCUUGAACUGGAGUCCAACUGGAUCUGCAUUCAGAACACGGCAGCUGACAAGACCCUGGAGCUGGGACAGAUCAAGCUGGCAGCUCUGAACCUUUUCCAGAUGGUGGCCAAGCAUAGGAAGCUCCCAAUGAACGUGCCGCAGGAGGACACCGAAGCCCAGCUAGAUGUGGUCCAGCUUUGUGUUGAAGAUUUAACAGCCGCCCUUGCUGAUUUCCGCAAAGGACAGCCACCGCAAGCUUCACAGCCAGAAAAACCGGUGCCGUCUCAGGCUAGUACAUCAGCCAGCCAGUCACAACUAUUAUCCAGGACCCAGAGUUUACACAGUAAAUAAAUGGGAAUCGGCGACCACAAGCCGGCCUCCUGGACAGACACGGGACUUCUACAUCCGUUUCCGCAGCUUGCCUUUCUUCACACCCCCGCGGCCGAAAGCUGUUUGGCGCAUCUCU